GCAUCGCCCAAUUAUUGACCGAAGUUUGGCUGAGAGGAUUGGUUUAAAAGUUGGUUGGCCUGUAGUUAAAAGCUGUGUUUUUAAUUUAUAUAUUUUGUGCAUUUAUUGGAUUGGCUUUCAAUAAAAUGGGGAAAGCGAGAGCACCGGCCAGAGGCCUGGCCGCGGCGGUGAAGGAGAACCAGAGGCAACAGCAUCUGCAGUCAGCCAUGAACAAGACCCUGCGCCUCACCUCCAUGCGAACCCGUUCUAAACGUGUCCCACUGCAAGAUGAAAACUCUGCAACUUCGAAUCAAAUGAAGGUCCAAGUGAAGUACACCGUUGAAUGUGAAACUGGGAGGCAGAAAGGAGGUGAAGAAACGAUUUGUAUACCCACUGCUGGAGAUUCCACAAAGUCUGCUAAAGAGACGAGCAGGGAGCAAAGUGCCAGUGAGGAAAGAGCAGACACUGCAGCGACUGCCUCGUUCGCUGGGGGCAAAUCCCUGAAAAAGAGCAAACCUGCUGCUCAACCUCCCGGGAGGAGCAAAAGCACAAAAGCAAAUGCAAAACGUGUCCCAACAAAGUGUAUCGGGAAGCCUCGGAAACGCACGCCUGUGAAAAGCCCAGGGGGCAGGUACCGCAAGGUCACUGAUUACUUCCCAAUCCGGAGGAGCCAUAGGAAGUGUGAAGGGCAGCUGAAGUCAGAAGAAAAGAAAGUAAUUGAUGAGUUGAUUCGGACUGGGAAGGAAGAAGGAAUGAAGGUUAGUAUAAUUGACGGGAAGGGUCGCGGUGUGAUGGCCACAAAGCCUUUCCAGCGCGGCGAGUUUGUGGUGGAAUACCACGGGGACCUCAUCGAAUUUGCCGAUGCCAAGAGCCGCGAGGCUGAGUACGCACAGGACCCCUCCACUGGCUGCUACAUGUAUUAUUUCCAGUACCUCAGUAAAACUUACUGUGUGGAUGCGACAAAGGAAACAACACGCCUGGGCCGUCUGAUCAAUCACAGUAAGAAUGGGAACUGCCAGACCAAGUUACACGACGUGGACGGGAAGCCCCACCUUAUACUAGUUGCCUCUCGGGACAUCAAAGACGGCGAGGAGUUGCUUUAUGAUUACGGAGACAGGAGCAAGGCAUCAAUUGCAGCCCAUCCCUGGCUGAAGAACUGAGGCAGGCGGGGUUUACUUUUAGCAUUUCAAGCUGUCUGAACCUUCUAUCUGGCAUUGAAGCAUCGUUUCAUUGAGUACCAUGGAGCUGGUCUUGCAUCUUAGGAACACUUAAAUCUUAAUGCUUUAUAAACCUUGCACACAGGUGUGCUUUAGUGUCUUGCUGCCAUAAAGCAGAUUUGGUAUUUUAUAUAAACUAUUUCCUUUGUAUAGUAGCAGCUGAGGCCGGCUUUCGUGCUCUGCAUAAGAAACUGUGAUAUUGAAUGGUCUCACUUCUAAAGUAACGAACCAAUUUUAGAAGGCCUCAGUGUGUGCCGGGUGCUGAACUCAAUGUCCCUUCUGUCUGGGAGAUGCAGUUGGACGUUUCCAAUGAGCGCUUGAUUACUUUCACUGAAAUGCAUUUUUAAAGCUGGUCUCUGCGUUACGUGCCUGAUCCCCGGCUGUAAAUGGAUAUUUAAAGUUUGUGUACAGAAGCUUCAUGUUGAAGAAUAUUUAAAUAAACUCUGUGACCUAGUCAUAGCGAAGCCAGUUGUGU